UGGCUCUCAAAACAAUUACAUAUUCAUUUCAAGAGCUCUGAUCCCAUGGAAUUCACAGCAGAUUUUCAAGGCUUUAGACCCUCUUUUCCAUUCUUUGAUACUGAUCCAAAUGUGGAAUCUAUGAACCAAUUCACAGAUGUAAACCAAACUAUCUUAGAAACUUCAAAUUUGAAUUCAAUCCACACCUUCAAUUUGCCUUUCUCUAGUGACAACUCCUUUACCCAUCAAGCUGCAGAAUUCCCUGGGAACUUGGCAGAAAAUUUUCCUGGUAUUUUCCAUCAAACCAAUCAGAAUAAUGUUAUUCCAGUUUCUCAUGGUCAUCAGUCCUUUUCCACUCCUGGAAAUGAAAGUGAAUUUCUUGAAAUCAAGAAGAGAAAAGCAAUCGAUGUAUCAGAAAGCUCUUCUUUGAACUCAUCUCCACAAGUUUCUGAAAGUGGGAAGGGCAAAAAUAGUUCAAGAAGAGGAAAGAAAGCUAAAGCCAAAGAAGGGGAGGAGAAACCAAAGGAAGUUGUUCAUGUCAGAGCUAGAAGAGGGCAAGCUACAGAUAGCCACAGUUUAGCAGAAAGGGUAAGAAGAGGGAAAAUCAAUGAGAGAAUACGAUGCUUACAAGAUAUUGUCCCAGGUUGCUACAAGACCAUGGGCAUGGCAGUAAUGUUGGAUGAGAUAAUUAAUUAUGUUCAGUCCUUGCAGAAUCAAGUUGAGUUUCUAUCCAUGAAGCUCACUGCAGCAAGUACAUUUUAUGACUUUAAUGCUGAGGCAGAUGCCAUAGAAACAAUGCAGAGGGCAAAGGCACAAGAGGCAAAAGAGAUGGAGAGAGUGAUGAGAGAUGGAUAUGGAGGAUUGAGUAAUCACUUCCACCAAACAUGGUCCCUUUGACUUCAUUCUUUGCACGUUGCUGCUUCUUACCUUACAAAUACAUGAAGAUAUGGUCCAUUUACCAAUAUUUUUCAACCUCCAAAUAUCCAUUUCAUGUAUACCUAGCACAAGUGACAUUUUAUACUUGUACAAGUACUCAUACCAUGUGUGGGAAUUCAACUUGUAAUUCAUAGAAAAAUCGAGCCUUUUGACUAAUUCUUAUUUUUCAUUGUCUUUUAUUAAAUAAA